GCCGCCGUCCGGGCGCGCGCAGCGAGCGGGAGCGACUAUGCCAAGAUGGUCCUGCAGGCGCGGAACAAGCACCGGGAGGCGGCUCCCAAGGCUCCCCAGCCGCCCCGCGCCUCGCAGUCGCCGCUGAGGGGAGCGCCGGACAUCGGCGCCGGGGAGCCGGGGCCCGAGCGCGCGCCGCCGUCCCCAGGGCGCAAGGGCGCCGCGGGCAGGAAGGGGCCCCGCGCCGAGCCCGCCGCGCCGCUCGCCUGGGGCGGCCUUGGGGGGCGCCUGGCGGCCGGGCUGCGCGGGGCGCUGGGCCUGCGGCGCGCGGGGCGCGGCCGGACCUGGACCACGCUCCUGUUAGUAGCGAGCUCGAAAACCUGGCUAGUGUGCAGACACCUCUUUGAAAAUGAUCGUCAUUUUUCUCACCUCUCAACAUUGGAAAGGGAGAUGGCUUUUCGCACUGAAAUGGGACUAUACUAUUCCUACUUCAAGACUAUUGUGGAAGCACCCUCCUUUUUUAAUGGAGUCUGGAUGAUUAUGAAUGAUAAACUGACUGAAUAUCCCCUUGUUAUUAAUACAUUAAAAAGGUUCAAUCUUUACCCUGAGGUAAUCUUGGCCAGCUGGUACCGGAUUUAUACCAAAAUAAUGGACUUGAUAGGUAUUCAAACCAAGAUAUGUUGGACAGUUACCAGAGGAGAAGGACUCAGUCCUAUUGAAAGCUGUGAAGGAUUGGGAGAUCCUGCUUGCUUUUAUGUUGCUGUAAUUUUUAUUUUAAAUGGACUAAUGAUGGCAUUAUUCUUCAUAUAUGGCACAUAUUUAAGUGGCAGCCGAUUAGGAGGCCUGGUUACAGUGCUGUGCUUCUUUUUCAAUCAUGGAGAGAUUGCAUCAUUAUUUGCAGUAUAUGUUGUGGGGUACAUUGAUAUAUGUAAAUUACAGAAGAUCAUUUAUAUACACAUGAUUUCUCUGGUACUUUGUUUUGUUUUGAUGUUUGGGAACUCAAUGUUAAUAACUUCUUAUUAUGCUUCCUCUUUGGUAAUUAUUUGGGGUAUUCUGGCAAUGAAACCACAUUUCCUGAAAAUAAAUGUAUCUGAACUUAGUUUAUGGGUUAUACAAGGAUGUUUUUGGUUAUUUGGAACUGUUGUACUCAAAUAUUUGACAUCCAAAAUAUUUGGCAUUGCAGAUGACGCUCAUAUUGGCAACUUAUUAACAUCAAAAUUCUUCAGUUAUAAGGAUUUUGAUACUUUAUUAUAUACUUGUGCAGCGGAGUUUGACUUUAUGGAAAAGGAGACUCCAGUGAGAUAUACAAAGACAUUGUUGCUUCCAGUUGUUCUUGUAGUGUUUAUUGCAAUUGUUAGAAAGAUUAUUAGUGAUAUGUGGGGUGUCUUAGCUAAACAACAGACACAUAUAAGAAAACACCAGUUCGAUCAUGGAGAGCUGGUUUAUCAUGCAUUGCAGCUGUUAGCGUAUACAGUCCUUGGUAUUUUAAUUAUGAGACUAAAACUCUUCUUGACACCACACAUGUGUGUUAUGGCUUCCUUGAUCUGCUCAAGACAGCUAUUUGGAUGGCUCUUUUGCAAAGUACAUCCUGGUGCUGUUGUUUUUGCUGUAUUAGCAGCAAUGUCAAUACAAGGUUCAGCAAAUCUACAAACCCAGUGGAAUAUUGUAGGGGAGUUCAGCAAUUUGCCACAAGAAGAACUUAUAGAAUGGAUCAAAUACAGUACUAAACCAGAUGCAGUGUUUGCGGGUGCCAUGCCCACGAUGGCAAGUGUUAAGCUCUCUGCACUUCGGCCCAUAGUGAAUCAUCCGCAUUAUGAAGAUGCAGGCUUGAGAGCCAGAACAAAAAUAGUAUACUCAAUGUAUAGUCGAAAAGCAGCUGAAGAAGUGAAGCAAGAAUUGGUAAAGUUAAAAGUGAAUUAUUACAUUCUAGAAGAGUCAUGGUGUAUAAGAAGAUCCAAGCCUGGUUGCAGUAUGCCUGAAAUUUGGGAUGUGGAAGAUCCUGCUAAUGCUGGGAAAACUCCCUUAUGUAACCUCCUGGUGAAGGAGUCCAAGCCUCACUUCACUACUGUAUUCCAGAACAGUGUUUACAAAGUCCUAGAAGUUGUGAAAGAAUGACUGCUACAUGCACUGCUGCCUACGGAGAACUACAUCAGUAAUUGUUUUAAUGUUUUGCUAAUAAGUCAUGUGUUGUUUUUAAUUCAAAUCCCCAAAACUUUUGUGGGAACUGUUUUCAAAUAGCAGAUGUUUUAUUUGGUCAAUUUGAAUGUUAUUCUAAUUGUAAAAAUGACUUAUACUUUUAUCAUUUGGUUACUGUUUCAGUGCACCCCCUUAAGAUUUGCUAUGCAAAUGAGUGUAUGCUUGUACUUGACUUGAAUAUUUGUGCUAAAGUGGGCAAAGCUACCUGUAUGAAAAAAUAUGAUGGGUCGUGACAAGGAUGAUAUGAAAAUAUAGGUCAGUUCUGAACUAUGUAGGGGCUGAUUUUAUAGUUUAGAGACUAUUAAUGCCCCUUGGUUCUUUUUUUCUGCCUCUUGCUCUCGUCUUUUGGACAUUUCAGUGAUUAUUGUGAAAUCUUCAGUUAUGUCAGCCUCUGUCAUCAACUCGAGUUAUAGUAGAUGGGGCAGACAUGGGUAUUUGCUAUGUGGAAUUAUCUGUUUAUUUCACUUCUUGUGUUCUUUUUGUUCUCUGUCACUCUUGUUAAUGAAGACUUUCCUGGCCUUUAUUAAUCCAAACUCUUGGACCCAGUGGUUAGGGCCAAAUUCCUUUACUGUCCGACCAUGCGGCAUUAUGACGUCUUUCUUUCUUUCCCCCACCUCUCUCCUUCCCUUGCAUUGUUUGUCAGAUAAGUGCUGUUUACUCAUUUAGUUGCUUAUCAAGUACUUAUUCUUGGUUUAAAAAAAAAUUUAAUGGUAACUGUGUAUUUUUCUCAUUUUUAGCAUUAUUCAAAUGCUUAUAUUUUAAUACCUUUAAAGUACUUUAAAAAUUUUUCAUGUUUAACUGUAGUUUGAAGAAAACUAUUUUGAACAAGCUCAAAUAUAAUGCAUCUAGAAACUAAUGUACAUUUGAGCAAACAUAAUUUAUAGUGGAACAGUAGACUGUAGUAUAUGGUAAUUUUCCUUUUACUAUUAAGAUACAAUAAACCAUGACUAAUUUUUCUGUCAAAAAAGUAAAUGAAUAGUGAUAAACAGAUGGAGCUUUUAUAUUUUAUUUUUAAGAUUGCCUGUCUUUAAUAAGACAAAGCCUUAAGCCUUAUGUUAUAAUUUUGGUUCUAAAAACUAUCAUUUCUGUACGGGGAAUGAGUAUAUUCAGUCUUCCUCUUUACUUUUUCCUUCCUAUUUAUUUUUAUUUUGAAAGAUUUCCAAACCUACUUUGAAUUUCUUAUAUGAAUCUUUGUUUUUCAGAGGUUAAUUUGCAUGAGAUGAGAUUCUUCAAAACGGUGAAUCCUCAUAGUUCUGAGAAAUGGUUUUAAGGUUUUAAAUACUAAGCAAACCGUGGCUAUGGCUAACUACACAUUUAAUUAUACAGAGUUCUCUUUAUUAACCACGGGCAGAUUAACCUCACUGUGGAUUGUCCUUGAGCCCUGAGUCCUCAGGGAUGGUUUCCGGUGCCCACUCCUGGGAGCCACUGAAGAGCUGUUUUCUUUCUGCCUUCUUACCGGCGGAGCCAAAGGACAUGCCUAAGUCUGGGGGAGCACUAGCUUGCUUAUAUCAGUCAGCUGCACAGAAAGCACAUCCCGCUGAGACUGUGCCCUCGGUGAGGGCGUCAUCCCCCACCCUGCCCCGGAGCCCAGAGCCAGCGUCUCCCAGGGAGUCUGCCUCCCUGGAGGCGGCCCAGGAGAUUGAGUCUGUCAGUGUUCUUCAGGUUCCUGGUCACUCUUUCUCAUUUGCCGGUUGACUGUUUUAUUUCUUAGGCUUUUGACAGUUUUAAAAAAUAGGGAAGCAGCGGGGGAUUUGUGGAUUAGGAGUAACAAUUGAGCAGCGAUGCAGUAAUCCAGAAAAGUGGGAAGAGGGCACUUGAGGCUGAGAAGCGUGAACGCGGACGUGGGCGGGAAGAGGGAGGUGUGCUCUGCCUUCUCUGAAGUCUGACUGAUUCUGUACAUCCAGCAGUUAUAGUCUUUUUAAAUCAUACUUUUAAAGUUAUUCUCUAUUUUUCUCACUCUCCAAUAAUUCCCUUUCAAGUAAGUUCUCAUGUAAUGAUUGGAAAGUCUGUACAGGAAAAACAUUAAAAUACUGUUAAAACUGUUUCAUACGCUGGGAAACAUUCAAAGUAGUCUGAAUUAGCCUUUUGCAGAAGAAUCGUUUUGUAACAGUAUUUGUUAAUGUAACUCCACCAGCAAGCUAUGAUUAUAUUUUAGGCGAGUCAGUUUAGAACAGAGGCCUUGAGGGUACACUGCACACUCUGCUUUGACCACAGUAGCAGCCGGUGCUGUAGAGCAUAAAUAUCACUUAUGGCCACGUAGAGUAAUAGUAGGUUCCAUAUACAUGACAAAACAGUAUUAAAGCUCAGUAUUUUACAUAUUUUUAGCAUUCAAAAAUAUUUUUGCUUUAGUGUGAGGAAAGUAAGGAGGGACAAGGAGGUGAUAGAAGUAGCUAUUGCUGUGACAUUUUAAAAAAGCAAAAAACUGGGCAGUAUUUCUAUAAAAAGAUAAGCCUCUAAAAAUGCUUGACAGAAAAAAUAUAGAGUUAAAAUAAGCCAGUGAUAUUAAAGAGAAAAUGAAAGGAUGUAUCAGGAAUAAAGUGAUAUUGCAUAGAAGUAUUGUAUUUUUAUGAAUUUUAUGCCAGUUGUUUACAUGUACUAUAUAUGUUAAAUAAAAAAGAUCAUGAAAAAUG